UAUCAUGCAUCGAGGCUCAGAGGAGGUCAGGGGUGUCAUGCUAAUUUCAUCAUAUGAAUUUCACGUGAUUUCUAAGAACUACUGAUAGGAGCUUAUUGGUCAUUUUCACCAGGAAGUUUGAUGUUUCUGAGAAAAGUGGUAAACAAUAAAGCUUAACUGCCGCCACCUCUAGCAGAUUUUGUAAGAAAACUUUGGGAUAUCCGCUCCUCCUCAAGACAGGGAAAGCUAACCGGCGAUGAAUCUUCAAGUCUCCCUGUGGCUGUUCUCGUUAUUUAUAGUUCAACCGACUCGAGGUCAAUUCAAACCCGCUCAGCCUUGCGAUCCUGAUAAGUGCCUGCCACCAAACUGCCGAUGCAGCGAAGAUCGCAGACCUCCCGGAGGAUUGACUCCUGACAAAACACCGCAGAUUAUCAUGGUCACAUUCGAUGAUGAUUACGAAAAAGAAUAUUUUGACUUAUAUAAUGAACUCUUCGACGAACUACAUAAUCCUAACAACUGCCCUGCUGUAGGAACCUUGUUCGUUUGUCACAACUAUACCGACUACUUCUUAGUGGAAACUGCAUAUUCCAGAGGAUAUGAGAUUUCUGAUCACACAGUGACGCAUCAAGAACCCACCACAUACUGGGAAAACGCAGAUUACACGGAGUGGAAGAACGAGAUUGAUGGGCAAAAAGAGAUUUUGCAUCGAUUUGCCAACGUACCUUACGAUAAAAUUGUCGGAUUUCGAGCUCCAUACCUGAUGUUUACAGAGAACAUGUUCAAAGCGUUGAACACGAGUAAAUUUGGUAAAUUUACUUAUGACCUUUCCUGGCCCUCAAACAUCAUAUUUGAUGGAAAGGGGCCCAUAUACCCUUAUACCUUGGACUACUUGUCAAGUCAGAACUGUCCCUCGGAAGAAGAACCAUGUCCCAAAUUGUCCUACCCAGGACUGUGGGAGGUGCCUAACGUCAACCUUAUGAACAAAGACCACUCGACAUGCGGAUCAAUGAUGGAUGCUUGCGAUCCUGAUGGAAAUGCUACAGUCUGGUUAGAGAUUUUGACGAGAAACUUCCAUUACCAUUACGACACGAACAGAGCACCCUUUGGAAUGCACAUGCAUCCAUCGUUUUUCCUUCGUCCUCCAACAACCGAUCACAUGAAGGCGGCUAAACAGUUUCUCAAGUAUGCCCUGGAUUUGGGAGAUGUUUGGAUCUUAACUCCAUCUCAGAUCAUUGCUUGGAUGAAAGAUCCCCAAGAUGUUGACAAAGCGAAGACCUUCGCGCCCUGGCAGUGUCCGAGCCGCCCCAAACCACGCUGCACUGAAGCAACGUCCAACAAUUGCCACUACACAGAGCCUCAAGAUUUCUACAUGCGCACAUGUACCGAGUGUCCGCCUCAUUUCCCAUCGCCUACUGAUCCCGAUGGCAAUUAAAUCUGAUUAAUCAGAUGAAUGACAAUUAUUUGUAUGAAUCGAAUUUGUAAUUGACCGUCACUGCUUUUGAGCAAUAGGUAUCACCCUCUGAAGUUAAGAUAAUAUAUGUUCAUCGGAAUGUC